GACGUUAUUCUCGCUGAUUGGGACCUGACAACGGGUACUUCCGGUUGACUAUUCGGGUACAGGGAUUAGUAUCGAUUUCUCCGUCUCGCCACAUAAACCCGACUGAUAAGUUUUGUCGCGUUAAAUAUUUUAUGAGCAAAGCUGACGAUGUAAACUACAAACAGAUCACCUGGAUCUCAACACAUGUGUGUAUGUGGUAAUAUAUCAGGUAUUUAAUUCCGUGACUGACUUCCAAUCUGAUGUGAUUAUCCGUUUAAAAUCCAGUUCAAACAUUGGACACGGUAAAAAAAAAGUCAGAAGUAGCAUAUAGUGAUUCAUUUCGACGUCUACACACGAAGUGUUAGUUAUUGUAAACUUUACAUAAUUCAACAUGGCGGCCGGAAAGGUUGACAACAAUCAAACCUCGGAUACUGGCAGUAACGUCGAUAUGCCUGCUGUACAUGGCCUUAUCAAAAACGCCCGUGUACCCGAACAAUGGACUCUACCGCACGAGUGGAACAUGGAGAAGAGAGAAAUGUUCGAGAACUGGAAAAUGGACGUGCAGAACCAGGUGGCUAAUAUUGCUACAAAUUUGGAGAGAUCACUUAAGGAGUACCCUAACCCGGACGCAGGAAAGAAGUUUGAUUACACAGAUGAAAUUGAAAAAGCGGAGAUGGAAAAAGAAAGGAGGAUUUAUGCCAGAUUCACGGGAGACACUUUGAAUUACGGAUUGCAAAGACUGCCGUCACGGGCGAUUCCAGAUAAAUAUUGACUGACAUUAUCACCACCGUAGCUCGCUACUUUACGGGAAAUAGCAAUUACCAGAACAAAUAAAUAACAACAGUGAAGGACAUCAACAGAUGGUUUAUAUAUUAGGUAACUCUGCUAGUCGUCAAUUCAACAAUAUCUGUAACGUGAGCUGUGUGUCGGACUGAACAGCCAAUUGAUAGGUUAUGAUGAUGGUUAAAAUAAGAUAUAGGUCGCUAGCAGUGUGUUAGUCUGUACGGUCAGUUUAACCUGAGUGAUCCUAGAAAAAAGGGUGAUCAUAUGGCUACUAUAUGUCGACUUGAGCAAGUUUAUGAUUUUUUUAUUAUUAAAGGCAGACACGCGACCUUAUAAAAUGUUACAUUUAUAUUUGUUUUGUGUUGAGUUAAGUCGCAUUAUAGAUGCUGUCAAAUCAACAUCUUAUACACAGGCUUCCCAUACUAUAAGUAGGGAAAUGUUUGCGAAGUUAAAUAUUCGCUAGUUUUGCCUAUAACUAUUUAGCGCGUAUAUAUGCACUCGCAAACAUAAUGACACAUCAUGGAAUAUAAACACCAGCAACAUGGUCAAUGCGAAUAUUUUCACAUGGCGAGUAUUUUGAAAAGUUCAAAUGCUGAUAUUUCCUCAUGCAAAAAUAUCUGGGGUUGUUUUUCAAUUUGUUGCAAGAUUUUUAUUUUUGCGUUAAUUUGCAGUAAUAUUAGAUCACGUGUUCAAAUGUCUCGCAAAAUUUUCAGACACCAAAAAAGUCCACCGUAAUAUGUGUCUCUGCUAUAAAUAUACUUUUUGCGUGAUUAAGUCGUUUGACAAAAAAAGUUACGUUAAUGAAUAUAUAACUCUAUUAUUCAGUGAGCCAAUGUUAUAAUAUAACAAUUACUAUCUUUUGUUUCUCUAUCCCUUCGUUUACUCAAUAUCGACAUAUAUUAAUUGUGGCGCAUCGGUCAUCACAUGUGUCAGCCGAGAAUGGGCGUGGUUUGUUUACUCUACAGAAUUAUUUAUGACCUCAUUCAUGUCCAUGUGUUUAGCAUUUUAUAUGUAGAAAUAGAAUGUGGAAUAUAUAGGCAUAUUGUUUUAAGUUAUAGUUCAAUAGUGGUCAAACAGAGGUGGAUAUAUUUGAUAACAUUGGUGUCAAUCUGUUCAGUUGGCUAGGCCAGACAGAAUUCUGAUGGGCGUUUUCAAUCUGUUCAGUGAACAAGGCAAGAUAGACUUCUGAUGGGCGUUGUCAAUCUGUUCAAUGAGCAUUACAAAUGUGUUUGAGGCAAGUUGCCAUUUCCUUCGACGCCCAAUUUGCUCACUGGGCGUUGUCAGAAUGUUGCUUAGUAUAGUUAUACCUCUCCUUGGUCGUUGUCAGUAUAAUGAUGGGUGUAGCUAUACCGCUCGGUGUGCGUUGUCAGUAUAAUGAUGGGUGUAGCUGUACCGCUCGGUGUGCGUUGUCAGUAUAAUGAUGGGUGUAGCUAUACCGCUCGAUGUGCGUUGUCAGUAUGUUGGUGGGCGUAGCUUUACCUCCGAUUGGGCGUUGUCAGUAUGUUGGUGGGCGUAUCUAUAUGGCUCGUUGGGCGUCGUCAGUAUGUUGGUGGGCGUAUCUAUACCGCUCGGGGUGCAUUGUCAGUAUAAUAGUGGGCGUAUCUAUACCGCUCGGUGGGCGUUGUCAGUAUGUUGGUGGGCGUAGCUGUUCCAUAAGUAACUAUACAGUUGGUUACUUUUAUAUACAUUUGUCAAUGUAAUGUUUAUUUACGAGUAAGUAUUCGUUUACAACAUAUACAUAUCUUGUUUUAAAUAUUUAUUCCAUGUUUUGAAGUUACAUGUUAUUCAGCGUAUUUAUUCUUUUUUGUUGUUGCUAAACAAUAAACAUAUAUUUUUGUUGUGAAUGAU